CGGCCGGCGCACGGGCCUGGGGGGCGGGGCGGGAAGACGGCGGCUGGGAGUAUUUUCAGUUCCGCCUACAAUCGCCCAUUCCCUCUUCCCCUCCCAGCCCCCUCCAUCCCAUCGGAAGAGGAAGGAACAAAAGGUCCCGGACCCCCCGCAUCUGACGGGGCGGGACCUGGUGCUUCCGUGCAGGUUGGACACAGGAGGCUACUUUGGUAGUGUGGAUUGCUGCCUGUGGUAAGAACAUGUCGUCCAUCUUGCCGUUCACUCCACCAGUGGUGAAGAGACUGCUGGGAUGGAAGAAAUCAGCUGCUGGGUCUGGAGGAGCUGGUGGAGGAGAGCAGAAUGGACAGGAAGAAAAGUGGUGUGAGAAAGCAGUGAAAAGCCUGGUGAAGAAGCUAAAGAAAACAGGACGAUUAGAUGAGCUUGAGAAAGCCAUCACCACUCAGAAUUGUAAUACUAAGUGUGUUACCAUACCAAGCACUUGCUCUGAAAUUUGGGGACUGAGUACACCAAAUACGAUAGAUCAGUGGGAUACAACAGGCCUUUACAGCUUCUCUGAACAAACCAGGUCUCUUGAUGGUCGUCUUCAGGUAUCACAUCGAAAAGGAUUGCCACAUGUUAUAUAUUGCAGAUUGUGGCGCUGGCCUGACCUUCACAGUCAUCAUGAACUCAAGGCAAUUGAAAACUGCGAAUAUGCUUUUAAUCUUAAAAAGGAUGAAGUGUGUGUAAAUCCUUACCACUAUCAGAGAGUUGAGACACCAGUUUUGCCUCCGGUAUUAGUGCCACGCCACACUGAGAUCCUAACAGAACUACCGCCUCUGGAUGAUUAUACCCACUCCAUUCCAGAAAACACUAAUUUCCCAGCAGGAAUUGAGCCACAGAGUAAUUACAUCCCAGAAACACCACCUCCUGGGUAUAUCAGUGAAGAUGGAGAAACAAGUGAUCAACAGUUAAAUCAAAGUAUGGACACAGGAUCUCCAGCAGAACUGUCUCCUACUACUCUUUCUCCUGUUAAUCAUAGCUUGGAUUUGCAGCCAGUUACUUAUUCAGAACCUGCAUUUUGGUGUUCAAUAGCAUAUUACGAAUUAAAUCAGAGGGUUGGAGAGACCUUCCAUGCAUCACAGCCCUCACUCACUGUAGAUGGCUUUACAGAUCCAUCAAACUCAGAGAGAUUCUGCUUAGGUUUACUCUCCAAUGUUAACCGAAAUGCUACGGUAGAAAUGACGAGAAGGCAUAUAGGAAGAGGAGUGCGCUUAUAUUACAUAGGUGGGGAAGUUUUUGCUGAGUGCCUAAGUGAUAGUGCAAUCUUUGUGCAGAGCCCCAAUUGUAAUCAGAGAUACGGCUGGCACCCUGCAACAGUGUGUAAAAUUCCACCAGGCUGUAAUCUGAAGAUCUUCAACAACCAGGAAUUUGCUGCUCUUCUGGCUCAGUCUGUUAAUCAAGGUUUUGAAGCCGUUUAUCAGCUAACUAGAAUGUGCACCAUAAGAAUGAGUUUCGUGAAAGGGUGGGGAGCAGAAUACCGAAGGCAGACAGUAACAAGUACUCCCUGCUGGAUUGAACUUCAUCUGAAUGGACCUCUACAGUGGUUGGACAAAGUAUUAACUCAGAUGGGAUCCCCUUCUGUGCGUUGUUCAAGCAUGUCAUAAGGCUUCAUCACCAGUCAAGUCCCAUCAGUUGACUUAAUAAAACAACUCUUCUGUCAUAGUAUUUGUGUGUGGUCCCCACGGACUGUUUACUAUCCAAAAAUUCAAGAAAGAAAACAGCACUUGAGGUCUCAUCAGUUAAAGCACCUUGUGGAAUCUGUUUCCUAUAUUUGAAUAUUAGAUGGGAAAAUUAGUGUCUAGAAAUACCCUCCCAUAAAGGAGGAAGAGAAGAUUUUAAAGACUUAAUGAUGUCUUACUGGGCAUAAAACUGAGUGUCCCAAAGGUUUAUUAAUAACAGUAGUAGUUAUGUGUACAGGUAAUGUAUCAUGAUCCAGUAUCACAGUAUUGUGCUGUUUAUAUGCAUUUUUAGUUUGCAUAAAUGAGGUGUGUGUGUGUGUGCUGCUUCUUGAUCUAGCAAGCCUUUAUAAAGUUAUAGUACCUAAUCUGUUAUUCCCAAUUCUCUGUUAUUUUUGUGUGUCUUUUUUAAUAUAUAAUAUAUAUAUCAAGAUUUUCAAAUUAUCAUUUAGAAGCAGAUUUUCCUUGUAGAAAAACUAAUUUUUCUGCCUUUUACCAAAAAUAAACUCUUGGGGGAAAAGUGGA